GGGACAGCGACAGCUCGUGCUCCCGCCGGGCACCACCGGCUGAUGGCUGGAGGUUGUCGUGUGAUGGGAGCCAGCCGCGAGGGGGAUGUGGGCUCGGGUUUCGGAAGAGAAUGGGAAAAGGGAGACAUCUCCCUUGGCGUUGUCCCCUACUGACAUCUAACCCCCUGGCUGAAACAAGAUGAGGCAGCUUACAGAGGAUGGCAGGAAUAAGACUUUGCAGAUGGAAAAGAUAAAGGCACGACUGAAAGCAGAAUUUGAAGCCCUGGAGUCUGAGGAGAGGCACCUGAAGGAAUAUAAACAGGAAAUGGACCUGCUGCUGCAAGAGAAGAUGGCCCAUGUGGAGGAGCUGCGACUGAUCCACGCUGAUAUUAAUGUGAUGGAGAAUACUAUCAAGCAGUCUGAGAAUGAUCUUAACAAGCUCUUGGAAUCUACUCGUCGCCUGCAUGAGGAAUACAAGCCCCUAAAGGAGCACGUAGAUGCUUUGAGAAUGACUCUGGGAUUGCAGAGGCUGCCAGAUCUAUGUGAGGAGGAGGAGAAACUGUCCCUUGACUACUUUGAAAAGCAGAAGGCAGAAUGGCAGACAGAGCCACAGGAGCCUCCCAUCCCAGAGUCUCUGGCUGCAGCUGCAGCAGCUGCCCAACAGCUGCAAGUGGCUAGAAAACAAGAUACCAGACAGACAGCAACUUUCAGACAACAGCCACCUCCAAUGAAGGCAUGUUUAUCGUGCCACCAACAAAUUCAUCGGAAUGCGCCCAUAUGUCCACUCUGCAAAGCAAAGAGUCGAUCCCGGAAUCCCAAAAAGCCCAAGAGGAAACAGGACGAAUGAAAUGGAGAAGAUUGCCAAGCUGUGUGACCUGUUCCAGUAAUCUUCCAGUAGAACUGCAAACGUGCCCAGACUUUACUGAAGUGCAGAUUCAAGUGUGACCGUCUUAUUGUCUUCUAUUUAAUGCAAUAUAAGCACAAUGUUCCUGUUCUGUCUUAAGUUCCUUCCGGUCCUUAGGGUUUGGUUUUAGGAAAGAAAGUAUUACUGGUGCUACAGUUUAACAUUUCAGUUGUUCCAUCUUUUGGACUCCUAAACAAACUGAAAUUCUUUGUGCAAGUCAGGCUAUUUCUGUUGGCCAAAUGUGAUGACCACAAAUGCUUUUAUGUUCUCUCUUUAAAAACCAGAUGUUACUAAAAUUUUUUUAGUAAAACAAACAAUUUGUUUUCCAGGUUGGUAAGACUGCAUAGGUUUGUGUAGCCAGUAGAACUCUUUUAUACAGGAAACGUUUAGGGAAAACAAGAUAGGUUAUACAGAAAAUCAGUGCAUUAAGGACACACAUGAAUUUUGAUUUACUGAAGUUUGAUUGUAACAUUCCCUGAAACUUGACUUGAAACUCGGAAAGUUGAUGGCUGUGUAUGAAUUUUGAAAAAUUAUGUGAUUUGUUGUGCUUCAGCAUAUUAAUAGGUUAUUAUUUUCAACAGUCAAAAGACCGACUGACUUAAGAACAAGGCUCAAGUGAACUGUAUUAGAGGUCCUCCUAGGCUCUAUGGCCAACCUGCACAUUGUGGUUCUCUAGGGAACAUGCAUGAAAUAUCCCAGAUCUCUGUGUGCACAGACUGCAGCAUCAGCCAUUCUGCUGUCUUCCUGGCUUCUACAGCCAAAAUCUCCCCUGGCAGACUUAUCCUCCACAGGAGCAUAGGAAAGUUCAGUAACAUGCACGAGGAACAGUGUCAACUAAAAAUUAUGUAUUUCACCAGAACCACUGGGCUUUGGUGUCGUCGUCCUCCCUUAACCAACACUUUCUAUUUUUGUGUCUUUUAAUAGUCAUUUGCAAGUAAGCUUUACUUCAAGCCAGUGUUUUUCCUACUCUCUGUGUGCCAAAAGAACCCUGACUAAGGCAUCCAGAGUAGACCCCUCCCUGGAUCCAUGUCUUCACUUUGUUUCACCCAAUGUAACAACAGUUCCUCCAGGGGAACUGGGGAGGGUGACAGUGACCCACUUACAGAAACAGGGCUUAAAAUUUACUCAUUUCCAAUCCCAGUUUUGUCACUGCCUUCGUUGUCUAAAUCUUGAGUAUUAAAUAUUCUUUUCACUAACUUCAGGAAGCAGGAACUGCUUGUUCACAUUCUUCUGUCUUUAGCUCAAGUUCUUCUCUACUAUUAUGCUAGAGUGGUUAUAUUGAAAAUUUGGCUUGUUAAACAGGAAGAACAGGGCACUGGCAACUGUAAUAAAUCCACAUAAUGCAUUUUUGCUGGCCAAAUCACAUAUGCCAUCAUUAAUUUCCCAAGUCUGCCACAAAGUACAUGAGUGAUUUAUUGAAUAUAGUCCUGUAACUUAUGCCAAGUUCAUGAGGUAUUCUCUCAUUUUAAUGUUUCAUAGCCAUAUGAACAUCUCUCAACAGCAGAGACAGAAUGGGGACCGUGUGCCCCUGAAAUUAUGUGAAGAGCAGAUUCUGCUAGCUGAAUUACUGGGAUUUGGUCUCUCUGCGAUAGCAAUAAUGGAAGAUAGUCUGACUCCAUGCUCCAAAUGGCAGUAAUGCAUUAUGCAUAUCUUGUAGCACAGUUAGUGGAUUCUGCUGUUGAGUGUCAGUGGUCACAUGCUGUGUGCCCUGUUCAGAGCAGUUCCUAGCAAGUUGAAGGGAAAACGUACACUAAGAUAAAAGUACGUGGACUCCCCCAAAGUACAUGCAUGAGAGCAGCAUACUUUGAUGGUAGUUGUACAUAAAUUUAAGAAGUAGUGACAAUGGAGCAGGCAAAUGGUCUGCAAUGAAGUAGUGUGAAUAGAAGGAUUGAUUUGUAGUAAUUUCAACUUAGAGUUCUGAAAUAGAUAGGGUUAGUCAUGGUUGCUCUCACUUCACUGUUAAUUUACCAGGUUCUUUCUUUCUUGGGGGUCUCUAAACUGAAGUAUGCUUAAGGAUGCACCACUUAACUGAUUUAGUACAACAGUUUUGUAUUUUUACUUUUUUAAACUAGUCUCUUGUGCUCUUGUGUUUAAGAAGGUUAGGGUUUUUUUUUUAAAAAAAAAGUACUGUGUUUGCAUCAAUCAUGUACUAGUAUUUACAGAUUUGUUUGCACAUCCUUUACAAAGUUCUGCCAUAUGAAUAGCAUGCAUUGCUGAAAACGAGCAUAACUGAAGAUGAGUCAGCAGUGCCCUGGCAGCCAGAAGGGCCAGCUGUGUCCUGGGGUGCAUCAGGCCAGCAUCGCCAGCUGGUCGAGAGAGCUGAUUGUCUCACUCUACGCUGCACUGGUGAGGCCUUGAGUGCUGUGUGCAGUUUUGGAUGCCUCAGUGCAAGAACAUCAGACUAUUACAGUGUUCCAGAGGAGGAGGGUGACCAAGAUUGCAAAAGGUCUCAAGGACAAGACCUCUGAGGAGCGGCUCAAGUCACUUGGCUGGUUCAGUUUUAAGCAGAGAAGGCUGGGGGGUGUCCUCAUCACAGCCUACAGGUUCCUCAAGGGGGAAGCAGAGGAGGAGGUGCUGAUCUCCACCUUCUGAUGACCAGCCACAGGACAUGAGGAAAUAGAGUGAAGCUGCAUUAGGGGAAGUUCAGAUUGGACAUUAGGAAAAGGCUCUUCUUUGGGAGAGUGGUUAGUCCCUGGUACAGCGAGCCAGGGAAGUGGUCGAGGCACCAAGCCUGUCAGAGUUCAAGGAGCACGUGGAUGACACUCUUAAUCAUAGAGUUUAAUGCCAGGUAGUCCUGCAAGGAGGGGGGGAUUGGACUUGAUGAUCCUUAUGGGUCCCUUCAAAUGUGAGAUGACCCUAACUAUUUCAAGGAGACAGAAUAUGUAUUAUGUAUUAAGGGAUCAUGGGGGUGGGAGCAGGGAGGGAGGUAGUGUCUUUCAUAAGGCAGGAGUAUUCUUUUCUCUCACAGAAUAAUGACAUAAGUUUAAGUGAAGAGCUCUUCUUGUGACAGCCCUGAGCUCUUUUCUCCCAGGCAAAUUUCUCCAGAGACUAGAGGAAUAAUUAUGAAAUAUUGAUGUCUUCUUUUUUAGACAGAGGAGGAAGCUGUCUGAAGUACAGUUCUCACCACAAGUCUACUGCAUUUUUGCUCCAUGGAUUUUUUUGCUCUUCUUUUGUAGCUAAGGUCUUUGUGGAUACUUCUUUGCUUGGCUUAAAUUUAUUCUAACUUGGGUUCAAUUCUCUUAAUAGUCACAAUGAGACCUUCCACAAAGCUUGCAAGACUUUUAUAUUUACUAAAAUCUGGUUUAACCCUGUCUUUGUCAUUCCUUUUUAAAAUAGGUAUUAAAGUGACAACAAAAUAACUGGAUCCUCUUGGUACAGAUGGUUUUCCAGGAUCUCCUCCUGAUUCCUCACUUGCCUCAAAUGAUAGUCCUGUUGUUCUGCAACCAGACACCACAAACCCCCCCCAAACAAAACAACAAAAUAAAACCCCAAAAAACCCCAAGGCUUUCACCCUGCCACCACUUAGAGCUCAUGGUAAUAGGAUGUGAAUACUGUACUGUGUCUAAAUACCUUGUUAUAGAAAUUUUCAUACCCAGGCUGGGAUACAUCAGUUUUUUAAACUUUGGUGCCAAGGACCCCACUAACUAUAGAGAAAAUAUAAGGCAAAUUUUAAUACUUGCACUUCCUGAAUUCCACUUUCGCUUUCUAAACAGGACCUGACCUAACCUGACAGUGGCUUCAAGUUACAGAAACUAAAUUUGAAAGAAUAGACAUGGAUGUAUUAUCUAAACAGCAUGCUAUUAAAAAAGUAAGACUUCACUAGCACUUUAAGUAAAGUGCUUUAUUCCUUUAUUUUGCAGUUUUCAAAUUCCUAGGUUUACAUUUUGGAAUUUAUGUGUUUUAGCAAUAUCUGGUGUUUUCAUUGGCUUCUGUGUUUUAAAUAUUUUACUCCUGUGCCUUGUGGGAGUAACUGUUUAAUUUGUCUGUACAGUCCUUUUUAAUAAAUGUUUGUUUCAUGUCA